UGCACACUAGAAAAUGCUAUUGUGAAAGGUGUGCUUUUCAGGUUCAUGUCUAACAUUUCUGAUGCUUUCUUGAAAAAUGUUUGCAGCAGUUUUUCUACCUGAAAAUGGUUUUGAAUUUGAUAAAAGAAACUAUUUUCCUCUUAAUGACGAUGGUUGGCACUCUGGGGAAUAUUUUCGUUUCUGUGAAUUAUAUGGUCCGUUGGUGGGAAGGCCCUGAGAAGAAACCCAUACACCUUAUUCUUAUCCACUUGGCUUUUACAAACAUCAUAAUCCUUCUUGCAAGAGGAUUGCCAGCGCCAAUAGCAGUUUUUGGUUUAAUAAACUUCCUAGAUGACAUAGGAUGUAAGAUUUUCAUUUAUCUGCAGAGGGUGGCCCGUGGGGUCUCCAUCUGCACCAGCAGUCUCCUCACUGUGGUCCAGGCCAUCAUCAUCAGUCCCAGAGCAUCUGGGUGGAGGAGGCUCAGACCAAAGUCUGCAUGGCACAUCCUUCCAUUCUUUUCAUUCUUUUGGAUACUCAAUGCUUUAAUAGGUAUGAACCUAAUCCAUUCCAUCACAAGUACAAGCCUGAAUAUAUCAGAGCUUAAGAAUGGUGACAACUACUGUCAUUUUAUGCUAGAAAGUCAGAAAACAAAAUGGAUUGUUCUCCCUCUCAUGGCCCUGAGAGAUGCCGUGUUUCAGGGAGCCAUGGGAGGGGCCAGUGGCUACAUGAUAUUUCUUCUCCACAAGCACCACCAGCAUGUCCUCUACCUUCAGAACUCCAAGCUUCUCUACAGAACUCCCCCUGAACUGAGAGCUGCUCAGAGUGUCCUCCUUCUGAUGCUCUGUUUUGUUUUCUUCUAUUGGGCUGACUGUACAUUUUCUCUAUUUUUAAGUCUCUCAUUAGUGGGCAAUUAUUGGGUAAUAAACACUCAAAAAUUUCUUGCUCUUGGUUAUGCAAUUUUUAGCCCUGUUGUGUUAAUUCACAGAGAUGGACUUCUGUCUGAGUGUUGGCAUGUUCAGUGA